GUGUCUAAUAAAUAUUUCGUUUUUUGCUUAUUGAAAAUCUCAAUCUCAGUAGUUUUGCAACAAAAUCGGCUUUCAAUAGUCAUGGAAUCGAAAUGCACACGUAUAUAAUAAAUAUCGCUCGUCGUCCUUGGCCAUUUUAACUGUUGGAGAAGCGUUUUAAUAUAGUUAUAACCAUGUCUAUUCCACCGGUAGAUUACAGUAUUCCGCCACCGAAUUUGAACAUGCCUCCACCGAUAGUAACACCUCUGGUUCCCACAGACGUUCCUCCGCCGUCUCUGUUUAACGUUCCACCGCCGUUCGUGACUCCCGCACCGCCUGAUAUGGCCUCACUUUUUUUAUCUGCGCCUCCUCUAAAUGUACCUCCUCCGACGGCCAUGAACUUACCACAGCCUCCACCCCAGGCUUUCAUCACCCCCAUCGACGUACACUCCGUUCCCCCGCCUUUUCCUCCACCACCAAUACCAGAAUAUACAUACCACGAAACACGUGAACCAAAGUACGACGUUAAAGCGGAGCCAGCCAUUAAUCCCGCGAUUGAACGUGUUAAAACUGAAAGGCCUGACUCACCAAAUGUUAGUGAACACUCAAGCACUCUUUAUUACACUCGCAAAGAUUGCAAGGAGAGGCCUUCAACCUCAAGAAGUGAGUUUGAAAGAUAUCCCAAAAAAGAAUGCUCUCUGAACAGGUCUGAGUCCAGGCAUAGACACUCUCCACAUAGGGAUAGAUAUGAAAGAGAAAGGAGUAUAGAAAGGGAAAGAAGAGAGAGAUAUUAUAGGGAGAGAGAGUCAAGAUACCGAGAACAUAGAAGUCGCAGUCCAAGGCACAGAGAGCAUAGAAGUCGCAGUCCAAGCUACCGCCAUCGCAGCAGAAGUCCAUCAAGGCAUAGUCACCGUGAUUAUGAUAGGGAGAGAGAAAGAGAGAGAUAUUACCGUGAAAAGGAGAGAUAUUAUAGAGAGAGAGAGCUUGAGCGUAGAAGAUAUGAGUAUGAAAGAAGACACAGCAUGCAACGGGACUACAGGAGUCAUAGUAGGAGCCAUGAUCCUCGUGAUGAAAAGAUGUUUCAUAGAUCACCCAGUAGGAAGUAUUCCCCAGGCAGAGAUACUCGCAGUCAUUCCAGAAUGUCCCAUGCUAGUUCAAGACAUGACUCUGUGCCACGCAAGGCUUUGACAGACAGAGAGAAAAUUCUAGCAGAAUAUAGAAAGAACUACUGUAAAACUUCUGAGGACUUGAUAACAAAAAUGGAACAGUGGUCUCAGGAACACAAUUCAGAUGAGGAGGAGAACUCCAAGAUGUGGUACAGGAGUUCCCCAGCAGAGUUAUACUAUAAGCCUGUGGAGAACGGAGCUGGUGUCCAGCAGACUCCUAAGUUAGAAAAGCUCUGUAAUCUGUUCUACACCAAACUGAUUGAGAGGGGCAGGAAUUCAAGACCAGAGCAGGAUGAGCUGCCUCCACUCAAACCUCCAAAAGCGAAAAUGUGCAAGCAUAGAUUGUUGGAAGAAAAAAGCUCUUCAUCAUCAGAGAGUGAGGAUGAGUGCUUAGAUGAGGAUGGCCUGCAGGGAUACACUGACAGGAUCAUGCUGGAACUGCAGAGGAAACAAAGCCAUCCAAGGAGACUUCACCCGGAGAUGUGGUUCAACAACACGGGCGAGAUGAACGGCGGGCCCCUGUGCCGCUGCAGCGCACGCGCACGUCGUCACGGCAUGAGGCACGGCGUUUACGCCGGCGAGCAGACCUUCCCUAAGUGCAUCCCUAACCAGAGCAACAUCGACAAACUGUAUCAUUAUCGAAUAACAGUAUCUCCACCAACGAACUUUUUAAUCAAAUCCCCGACAAUAAUAGGGCAUGAUGAACACGAGUUCCUGUUUUCUGGCUUUUCAAUGUUCUCUCACUACAAGCUGGCCAAACUGCCCACUUGCAAAGUCAUAAGGUUCAAUAUUGAAUACACUAUUCUCUAUGUGGAGGAGCAAGCCCCGCAAAACUUCACUAUAAGGGAGCUGGAUUUGUUUGAGGACUACCUGUUCACCGAGUUGCUGGAACUAAUAGACUUGGAUUUGGGAAAAGCCACGGAAACGACGUGUUCACAAUUCCAUUUCAUACCAAGAUUCGUGCGGUUGCUUUCUGAAGGCGGAUGUGAGGUGCUAUCAAUGUGUGAAGUUCUCAAAUACCUACUUGACGAAAGCGGUCUGUUGAUACCGCCGGAAAAAUUGGAAGACAUACAUGAAAUGGAUCACUACACGUGGCAGAAGUUUGUGGACAGGAUUAAGGGUAUGAUAGUAACAUACCCUGGCAAGAAGCCGUGUUCGGUGCGAGUAGAUCAGCUCGACCGGAGCCCACCGAAUAAUGAAAAAGGCGAGACUGUUAAAGACAAGAAAUUCUACCCUGAGAUAGUGCAUUUUGGCAUACGACCGCCACAGCUGAGCUAUGCUGGUAAUCCGGAAUACCAAAAGGCCUGGCGCUACUACGUCAAGUACCGUCAUCUGAUCGCUAACAUGGCGAAACCUUCCUUCAAAGACCGACAGAAGUUAGCGGCUAAAGAGGCUAAACUACAAGAGAUGAGGACUCAAAGUAAAAUGAAGAGAGAUGUGACAGUCGCCAUAUCGUCUGAAGGCUUCCAUACAACUGGACUUAUGUGCGAUGUUGUACAACAUGCAAUGUUAAUCCCGGUCCUGGUCCGGCAUUUGCGCUUCCACAAGUCUCUCGAAAGUCUCGAGCAAAAAAUAGGCUACACGUUCAACCAAAGACUACUGCUGCAGACUGCAUUGACACAUCCUUCGUAUAGAGAGAACUUUGGCACCAAUCCCGACCACGCUAGGAACAGCCUCACCAACUGUGGUAUACGACAGCCGGAGUAUGGUGAUCGGAGGAUACAUUAUACUAGGAAGAAAGGUAUCGUGACCCUAAUCAACAUAAUGUCUCGUUUCGGCAAGCACAGCGAGACAGAAUCAGAGAUCAAACACAACGAGCGUCUGGAGUUCCUAGGAGACGCGGUGGUGGAGUUCUUGUCGUCCAUACAUCUUUUCCGCAUGUUCCCGGGCUUGGCUGAAGGUGGAUUGGCCACGUAUAGAGCCUCUAUAGUUCAGAAUCAGCAUCUAGCUCAAUUGGCCAAGAAUAUCGAACUCGAACAAUACAUGCUAUAUGCGCACGGUUCGGACUUGUGUCGCGAGGUUGUGAUGCGACACGCGAUGGCCAACUGCUUUGAAGCUCUAAUGGGGGCGCUUUUCCUCGACGCCGGACUAGAGGUGGCCGAUCGUGUAUUCUCUCUAGCACUAUGGUACAGCGAAGUAGAUCUGUUGGAAGUGUGGACAAAAGAACGACUGCACCCUUUGCAAGAACAAGAACCGAUCGGAGACAGAAAAUACAUCAAGGACUUUGAGUUCUUGCAGAGAUUGACGGAAUUUGAGGAUUCCAUAGGCGUACAAUUCAAGCACAUCCGAUUACUAGCGCGAGCGUUCACCGACCGCUCGGUAGGAUUCACGCAUCUAACGCUGGGUUCCAACCAACGACUUGAGUUCCUAGGAGACACGGUGCUACAGCUUGUCGUGUCUGACAGGUUGUACCGACACUUCCCUGACCAUCAUGAGGGCCAUUUGUCGCUACUCCGUUCAUCUCUAGUCAACAACCGCACCCAGUCGAUGGUGUGCGAUGACCUGAACAUGUCGUCUUACGCUAUCUACAACAACCCUAAAGCUAAGCCGACCACUAAGAAACACAAGGCUGAUUUACUCGAGGCUUUCCUAGGAGCUUUGUAUAUUGAUAAGAAUCUGGAGUACUGCCAAGCGUUCUGCAACGCGUGCCUGUUCCCUCGGCUGCAGGAGUUCAUAAUGAACCAGGAUUGGAACGACCCCAAGUCGAAGCUGCAACAAUGCUGCUUAACACUGCGCUCCAUGGAGGGAGGCGAGCCAGAUAUACCGCUUUACAAGGUGAUCGAGUGUCUAGGCCCGACGAACACUCGCGUAUAUACAGUGGGCGUGUACUUCCGUGGCACCCGGCUGGCGGCCGCGCGUGGACACUCCAUACAAGAGGCUGAGAUGAACGCCGCCGAGGAGGCACUUAACAGCGCACACGAACUAUUCCCUCAACUCGAUCACCAGAAACGCGUGAUCGCGAAGAGUUUAAAGAAGAAGAAGAACAAAUACGGGCGUGACAGUCCAUCGCGGGCGGACCGCGCCAAAAACAAGCGGCUAGAAGACCGAGUGCCCAAAGCCUAUAGACUAGACAAAACGCAAUCUGACAGCUCAGACGACAGUAGCGUCCACCUACCUUCAGAUGAUGAGGUCCAGAGCCUUGGGCUUAAAUCCGAUGACGAUUCCGGCCUCGACAGCGAUAGCGAAUCUAUACCUCAAGAUAAGCUGGAUAAUGUCCAAGUCAGCAGUCUACUAAGCGAUAUGGAGAAGCUAAAACAAGACCUAAUUAGACGGAACGAAUAUGAAAAGCUGAAGGAAAAGUUCAAAAAGUCGGAUUCUGACGAGGAGUGAGAAAUAGAUACGAGAAUGGAGUGGUAGAGGUAGGUGUAGAUUUGAAAUGAAAUAUUUCUACAUUGACUCGUCUAUUUGACUCGACAACAGUAUAAACACCAAUUAAUUAUUUUGAAUCUCGAUUUAAAUAGGACUCGUAAAUUUUAACAAUAAUUUGAAAUAAGAACGUCCGUAAAAGCAGAGCUCUUCUGUAGACGUCUUUAUAAUACUUGACAACCUAGUCAAAUGAGAUAUUUUUUACGAAACGUCAAAACGAAAGUUUUCUUUGGAAUUCAUAUGGAAAUACUAUCCUGUGACGUCAUCAAUAAAAGCAGUCAACGUCAUACUCAUUGUUACUUCAUAAAUAAAAUUCGAAAAUAAAUCGAAAAAAAAAGAGAUUGA